AUGACCAAUGGUGGAUCCACGAUGCGGUAUGCCCAAAGCAUCAGCAAAAUGAAAUCAUUUGGUAAAUGUGAAAUGGGUCGAUGCGGUCGAUUGAUCGCAAUUACCUCACAAUUCCCCUCGCGUUCUCUCCUCGCCGUUGCAGGUAUUGGUGAUAACGCUCGUAUCGAUGCUUUCAUCCUCGUUGGUUGUAUCAUUUACAUGGAAAUAAUCUUCACCUGA